CGGCAUCCAUUUUUCUUUUGGCACAAAGUCGCCGCUCUUUUCCUCUCAUCUUCGCGUUUACAGACGGCUUCGGAGCGAGUGGUUGAAAUUUUGUGAAUUUUUCCGGUGGAAUUUUGCGAGUAAAUCGGACCGUAAAUAACGCGUAACCAUGUCCAAGGAGGAGGAGACCGUCGAAACGGCGGAUACCAAUGAAAAUUCGAAUGAAUCCAACUCGGAUACAACGUCGUCCCACACCAAGGAACCGGAUUACGAUGCGACGCUGGAAACGGACCGGAGCAAACGGUUCGAUUUCCUGCUGAAGCAGACGGAGAUUUUUGCCCAUUUCAUGCAAGCUGCCCCGGCGAAGGGUUCCUCGGGAAGUCCACCGGCAAAGGCGAAAGGAAAAUCGAAAAAGAGCGACAAAGCGGAGAAGCAGCCGACUACGAGUUCCUCCAGUGGCGAUCCGGGAGAUCAUCGACAUCGCAAGACAGAACAGGAGGAAGAUGAGGAACUGCUGGCGGAAACGAAUACCAAGGCGAAAACGGUGUUCCGGUUUGAAGCUUCACCGCCCUACAUCAAGACUGGAGAGAUGAGAGAUUACCAAGUCCGAGGUUUGAAUUGGAUGAUCUCGCUGUACGAAAAUGGUAUUAACGGUAUUCUGGCUGAUGAGAUGGGGCUUGGAAAGACCUUGCAGACCAUUUCGCUGUUGGGUUAUUUGAAGAACUUCCGGAACAACCCCGGACCGCAUAUCGUGAUUGUUCCGAAGUCAACUCUGCAGAAUUGGGUUAAUGAGUUCGGCAGGUGGUGUCCUUCGUUGCGAGCGGUUUGCCUGAUCGGUGACCAGGAGACGAGGAAUGCGUUCAUCCGGGAUGUCCUGAUGCCUGGGGAAUGGGAUGUCUGCAUCACGUCUUAUGAGAUGUGUAUCCGAGAGAAGGCCGUUUUCAAGAAGUUCAACUGGAGAUACAUGGUGAUUGACGAAGCUCAUCGUAUUAAGAACGAAAAGUCCAAGCUUUCGGAAAUCUUGCGGGAAUUUAAGACGGCCAACCGCCUGUUGCUGACGGGUACCCCUCUGCAGAACAAUUUGCAUGAGUUGUGGGCUUUGCUGAAUUUCCUGCUUCCGGAUAUUUUCAACAGCGCUGACGAUUUCGAUUCAUGGUUCGACGCAAACGAGUGCAUAGGGGACAAUAAAUUGAUCGAACGUUUGCACGCGGUUUUGAAGCCUUUCUUGCUUCGUCGAUUGAAGUCGGAAGUGGAGAAGAGACUGCUGCCGAAGAAGGAAGUCAAGAUCUUCGUGGGACUGUCCAAGAUGCAACGCGAGUGGUACACGAAAAUUCUCAUGAAGGACAUUGACAUCGUAAACGGAGCUGGCAAGAUGGAGAAGAUGCGUCUGCAGAACAUUCUGAUGCAGCUGCGGAAGUGCACCAACCACCCGUAUCUGUUCGAUGGCGCUGAACCCGGUCCACCCUACACGACUGAUUAUCAUCUUUUGGAGAACAGCGGAAAGAUGGUCGUUUUGGACAAGCUGCUGACUAAACUACAAGAGCAAGGAUCUCGAGUGCUGGUUUUCAGUCAGAUGACUCGUAUGUUGGACAUUCUGGAGGAUUACUGCUACUGGCGUGGCUAUCAGUACUGUCGUUUGGAUGGUCAAACUCCCCAUGAAGAUCGUACGAAGAUGAUCGAUGAGUACAACGCGGAGAACAGUUCCAAGUUCAUCUUCAUGUUGUCGACCCGUGCUGGAGGAUUGGGUAUCAAUUUAGCUACUGCCGAUGUGGUCAUUAUCUACGACUCAGAUUGGAAUCCGCAGAUGGAUCUGCAAGCUAUGGAUCGUGCCCAUCGUAUUGGCCAGAAGAAGCAGGUUCGAGUUUUCCGUCUUAUCACCGAAAACACUGUCGAGGAGAAGAUCGUCGAACGGGCGGAAAUCAAGCUGAAGCUGGAUAAGUUGGUCAUUCAGCAAGGACGACUCGUGGAUAACAAAACCAAUCAGCUUAACAAAGAUGAAAUGUUGAACAUUAUUCGUUUCGGUGCUAAUCACGUGUUCCAGUCCAAGGACUCGGAGAUCACAGACGAUGACAUCGAUCGCAUCCUCCAGAAAGGCGAAGAGAAAACCGCGGAGCAAACUGCCAAGUUGGACAAAAUGGGCGAAUCUUCGCUGCGUAGUUUCACACUAGACACCGAAAACCUCGAGAAUCGUUCCGUCUACCAGUUCGAAGGCGAAGAUUACCGUGAGAAGCAGAAACUCCACGCCCUUGGCUCAUGGAUUGAACCCCCCAAACGUGAACGAAAGGCCAACUAUGCCGUUGAUGCCUAUUUCAAGGAAGCUCUCCGUGUCGCCGAACCGAAAGCCCCCAAAGCGCCCCGCCCACCGAAGCAACCGAUUGUACAAGACUUCCAGUUCUUCCCGCCGAGGCUAUUCGAGCUGCUCGAUCAGGAAAUCUACCACUAUCGCAAAUCCGUCAACUACAAAGUCCCCAAGAACCCCGAUCUGGGACCGGAAGCGAACAAAGUCCAGCGCGAAGAGCAGCGCAAAAUCGACGAAGCGGAACCGCUGAGCGACGAUGAACUCGUCGAGAAGGAAUCUCUCCUGACGCAGGGCUUCACCAACUGGAACAAACGGGACUUCAACCAGUUCAUCAAGGCGAACGAAAAGUUCGGCCGCGAUGACAUCGAGAAUAUUGCCCGGGAGGUGGAGGGUAAAACGCCGGAGGAAGUCAUGGAGUACAGUGCGGUGUUUUGGGAGCGCUGCCACGAGCUGCAGGACAUCGAACGACUGAUGGCGCAGAUCGAGAAGGGCGAGGCGAAGAUUCAACGCCGGGCGUCGAUCAAGAAGGCUCUGGAUAGCAAGAUGUGUCGCUACCGGGCCCCGUUCCACCAGUUGCGGCUCGCGUACGGCAACAACAAGGGUAAAAACUACACCGAAGAGGAAGAUCGCUUCCUGGUAUGCAUGCUGCACAAGUUGGGCUUCGACAAGGAGAACGUCUACGAAGAGCUGCGGACGGCGGUUCGCUCGGCUCCGCAGUUCCGCUUCGAUUGGUUCCUCAAGUCCCGAACGGCGCUGGAAUUGCAACGUCGCUGCAAUACGCUGAUCACGUUGAUCGAGCGCGAAAAUCAAGAACUCGAAGAGAAGGAACGGCAGGAGAAGAAGAAGAAGACCGCACCGGCCGGGGGAACUCAGAAACCGGCCGCAGGAAAGCGCAAGGCCGAAACCGCCACGACACCCAGCGAUAAGAACAGCAAGAAAAAGAAGAAGACCUAAAUCCUUGUUUUAGGGCUGUACUCUUUUAGUGAUUAUGACAAACAAACAUUCUUAGAAUUACUCAAUUUUUAGUUUGACCUUGAAUCAACAAAAAAUAGCGAUUAACAAACUAUUUUGUAAGGUAUCCAUUUUUACACAUCAGCAUCAGCAAGGAUUUGUGUCAUUCUCAGCAGUGAUUAAUUUAUUAUAUCGAGUAUUACAUGCUACAAUCCUAGCUUUUCGUUAUACAGUGAUGAUGAGUCUAGUACGUUUGCGAAGCGCGCUCCGCAAUAAAAAAGGUUCGUCGGCUGAGUGGAACUAUCGGUUGAAACGAAAAAGACGUAAGAUUAAUGUCUGCAAGUCCUACUGUUUUACAAUAUGAAGCUUAACGCAACACAAAAUACAAUUAGCACCCACCAGUUUCGUGGUAUAAACAUAAUCAAAA